UUCCGGCUCGGCUCCUCCGAGCGAGUGGCGGUUAGGUCAUGGACCGCAACCCUUCGCCGCCGCUGCCGAGUCGGGAUGAUGAGGAGGAGGAGGAGGGUGCCGGGGGAGACUGCAUAGGGAACACGGUCUACAGCAAGCACUGGCUCUUCGGUGUCCUCAGCGGACUCAUUCAGAUUGUUACUCCUGAAAACACCAAAUCCAGCUCAGAAGAGGAGGAGCAGCAGAUGGAGCUCGAUGAAGAAAUGGAGAAUGAAAUUUGCAGAGUAUGGGAUAUGUCCAUGGAUGAGGAUGUGGCUUUAUUUCUCCAAGAAUUUAAUGCCCCUGACAUAUUUAUGGGAGUAUUGGCCAAAUCCAGAUGUCCUCGAUUAAGAGAAAUCUGUGUGGGAAUUUUAGGUAAUAUGGCCUGUUUCCAGGAGAUAUGUGUGUCCAUCAGCAGUGAUAAAAAUCUUGGACAGGUGUUACUGCACUGUUUGUAUGAUUCAGACCCUCCUACUCUGCUGGAAACAAGCCGGUUGCUGCUUACUUGUCUUUCCCAGACAGAAGUGGCCAGUGUCUGGGUUGAAAGAAUCCGGGAAUAUCCUGCUAUUUAUGAUAGUAUUUGUUUCAUUAUGUCCAGUUCAACAAAUGUUGACUUGCUGGUGAAAAUAGGGGAAGUUGUGGACAAGCUUUUUGAUUUGGAUGAGAAGCUAAUGUUGGAAUGGGUUAGAAAUGGGGCUGUUCAGCCUCUGGACCAACCCCAGGAAGAUUCUGAAGAGCAGCCAGUGGUUAGAAUUGUGCCCUGUGUGCUUGAAGCUGCCAAACAAGUACGUUCUGAAAACCCAGAAGGGCUCGAUGUUUACAUGCAUAUCUUACAGCUGCUUACCACUGUGGAUGACGGAAUUCAAGCUAUUGUACAGUGUCCUGAUACUGGAAAAGACACUUGGAAUUUACUUUUUGACCUGGUCUGCCAUGAAUUUUGCCAGUCUGAUGAUCCGCCCAUCAUACUUCAGGAACAGAAAACUGUGCUGGCCUCGGUGUAUUCCGUGCUAUCUGCCAUCUUUGCUUCACAGGCAGAACAGGAGUAUCUAAAGAUAGAAGAUCUUCCUCUAAUUGACAGCCUGAUUCGUGUCUUACAAAACAUGGAACAUUGUCAGAAGAAGCCAGAGAACUCGGUAGACUUGAACACAGAAGAAACGAAAAAAUCUGAUUUAACCCAAGAUGAUUUCCACUUGAAAAUCUUAAAGGAUAUUUCAUGCGAAUUUCUUUCUAAUAUUUUCCAGGUUUUAACAAAGGAGACUGUGGCUCAGGGAGUGAAGGAGGGCCAGUUAAACAAGCAGAAGUGUUCCUGUGCAUUUCAGAACCUUCUUCCUUUUUACAGCCCUGUGAUAGAAGACUUUCUCAAAAUUCUACAUGAAGUUGAUAAAACUCUUGCUGAUGACCUGGAGGAAACCUUCCCAAGUUUGAAGGUUCAGACUUAAUAACUGAAUUGGAGUUUCCUCUGCCCAAUAAAUGAACUUUAUUUUCUUCGCUGACAAUUGAAAUUGACAUAUAGGCGAUUUUAGGUAAAGCCUGUUGGAUCCUAAUUGUCUGGUAUUACACUCAUGCCCUUCUCCCUGCCCCAGUCUUCCCUCACUUUCAUUUGGCACUGGAAUCUGGAGUUUUCUCUGCUGUCAAAUCCCCACUUCCCUUUUACGAAAGUAUGGUUUUGUGUUUAUUUGCUCUCUUCAGGUAAAGAAAACAAAAAUACAAGCUUAUCAUUGAGGUUCUUUUUAGAUUGAGGAGUUGGUGAGGAUUUUCUUCAUACCUCUUAAUUUGAUUUUUUUACAUGAGAAAUUUGUAUUUGUAUCCACUAAAGUACAUUGAGCUGCACUAUAGAAAACCCUGUUCUAACAGCUUAAUCUGUUAUAUAUCUUUUAUGUAUCUAAUGCAAUAAGAAAUCUAGAGGUGGGCAGUCUAGACCUGAUAUAUUUGACUCAGGGAUCCUGAUUCCUUUUUCGUCUCCGUGUGUUCUGCUGUAUAGGCCUUUGUGUUUAUAUUUAUUGUCCUGUGGUUAAGGGGGCUGUAACAUCUCUGGACUUUACAUCCACAUUCAGGGAGGAAAAAGGAGGAAGAUGCAAAGGUACUUUUUCCUAGCAAGUACCUACCUUUCUAGGACAGCCCUCUCUGGCCCUGUAUUGCAGGGACAUCCCUAACUGCAGGUAUUUAAAAUCAAGUACAUACUUUUCCCCCCUAGGAUAUAUAGGAGAGAAAGGCAGGAAGAGAAGGGAGAUGUGAAAGGUUUUUUGAUAGUCUGUGGUGUUUGCUACAGUAUGCAGACACAUCUUAGCCAUUCUGUGACUGUUGAGUCACUUACAUGCCAGACUGUUAGUUACAGUUUAGCUUGGUUACAGUUCAGUUUUUUUUUUUCAAAGUUGUAAGUAUGAAGAUAAAAAUGUAACAUUUUGAUGAAAGUGCAUUAGCAGAAUUCUCUAUUUUCAGCAUAAUUCUCGUGGUUGAAUUUCAGAAAAUGAUUUGUUUGAAUUCAAAUUUUUGAAAUUAAGAUACAGGGAGCUUAAGAACUUCUGAUUGGAUACAGACUACUAUACGUGAUUUCCCUGACAUACUUUUAUCAUUCUUUAUAGUGCUUCUGAAUGAAAUAUGUUCAGAGAAUCAGCCAAGUACACUUAGGGAAGCAUUUAGUUUGCAUUGUUUUCAUUGCUGAAAGUAGAAUUUUUAAUAGGUUUUAAGAAAAUAUUAGGAAUAACAAAGCCAGCUUUUUACCAGUCUUCAGGUCGUCUUCUGGGUUAUUUACACUGAUGUGACAGUUAAUCUAGUGCUAUUUGUGGGAUGAAGUGAAGUUAGGAGCCUCUUACUCCCCUAUCUUCCCAGCCUCCUCUGCAGAGUCAGCUCUUUAAACCUCUUUUCUGGUAUAGUUUUUCCUCAAUUUACUACAGAAUCUUUUUGGCUCUAAGACACUGGCCUUGUCUCACAUUUUGUAUUUUUUACAUAAGUGACUUUUGCUGAUAAAACCCAGGAUGUAGCAUUAUUGUGAAGAGUUACACCCUUUUUGGUUUGGACGUAGUUUUAUUGUUGAAAAUGUCCCUGCUGAAAAGAAUUGAACUAUAAAAUUAAAAUGUACUAUUGAAACUGUAA